AUGUUUUCAUACAUCGUCGGCCUACUCGCCAUCCUUGUCCUCGUCGCAAACCCGAUAAGCCAAUAUUUCUUUCCGCAGACCUCUCGGACGAAGAUUUCACUGGCACCAAGGCCGCAGCUGAAUGAAUCGCUGCUGGCCAUAGACGUAGCGGAUGCGAGAGUGCUGGAUUGUCCUGCUGACGCGUACGGGGCGCGGAUUUUGAGUCGGGAGCCUCUGGUUGUUUACUUGGAAGGGUUUUUGAGUGAGAGUGAGAGGAAGCAUUUGCUUGAGAUUAGCGAACCCAUAUUUGAGCCGUCAACUAUCACUGAUGAUUCUAGCUCUACGCAUCGUGACAGUACUAUCCGAGACUCUGCGGUUGCUCUUUUGCCACGGACAGACAUUGUUCGCUGCAUUGAGGCUCGCGCAAAGGCUUUCCAGGGCUGGCGACGAGAUUUAUGGAUUGAGCGCCUCCGAAGUCAGCGAUAUGUUGCUGGUGGGCAUUACAACCAUCACUUUGACUGGAGCCGCAAUGCAAACGGGUGGGGUCGAGUGAGCAGCUUCAUGGCGUGGAUUGAUGCCGCGGAUGGAUUGGAAGGCGGAGGAACGGAAUUCCCGCUGUUGGAGACUAUUACGGAGGGCAAUAGGGCGAAAUGGUGUGCGUUGGUCGAGUGCGAGGAUGAGGAUGCUGCAGAUGAUGAUGGCCAAAGAGAUCAGAAGAUGGUUGGCGAUGAAGAAAAGGCUGGUAGAACGGGGACGACUUUUCGAGUGAUUCCUGGAAAUGCGGUGUAUUGGGAGAAUUUUGCACCCGAUGGCAGGGGAUAUGACGAGACGUGGCAUGCUGGUUUGCCUGUAAAGAAAGGUGUCAAAGUCGGAUUGAAUAUCUGGAGUUUUGGUCGGAUCGAAUAA